AUGGAACCGAGUGAUAGCUGGGAGGAGGCCAUUGAAGAUGGACUAGAGCUGUUUCCAAGAAAAGAGAAGACUAUCCGAAGAGAUGUGGACGUUAAGAUCGAGAUGAUUCAUAGGGUUUUAUGGUUUUUUAGGAAGGUGGUAGUUCCGGUUGGGAAGCCGAGUAUAAAAGAAAAGGUUGAUCUCCAUAUUUAUGAAAGAUUGAAAGAGCAUGUAUCUUCUGUCGGGGAUAUUGGAGAAGUGGAUAGGACAGUUAUUUUAUUUAAUCUUUUAAUUUCAUUUGGGAUACCAAGCAGGAUAUACAUAGUUUUGUCCGAGGAGCCCAAAUGUUUUAUUGAGAGUAAGAUUCUAGGCAAGGUUAAGGAACACCACAGCAGAUAUGAAGACUGUGUUUUUUCAAUCGACGCCUCUCUAAAGCUUAAAGACCAGUCAUACCACUUUUCAAAGUCCACAAAACGAUUUUCUGCAUCAAGAUAUGUGGUUUCAGGGUUUUCCAAGUCCAAGAUGUGUAAGGAUGUGUCGGAUAAGGAAAUGAUCAGAUGCUUUGAUGAGAUCGAUAAUGAAAGGAUGAGUACGAUACCAAACUCUGUUGAGAAGAUGAAAAGACAUCCAAAAUAUAUUGUUGAGUCCAUGUUAAGAUGGGACCAGUGCAUCUAUCCAAAAAGACCGGUUUUUGGGAUCUUCCGAGGAGAAGCUGUAUAUCCUCGAGAAAAUGUGAUAAGGCUGAGAACAAAGGAACAAUUUUAUAAGGAAGGGAAAGAAGUCAGGUCAUCAAAGCCUUAUAGAAUAGUGAAGAGAGACAAGAUGAUCCGGCUGUAUGCGCCAUGGCAGACGUGCGAGAUAGUAGUUAAAGGGUUCAGUGAGUCAAUGUAUCAAGAUUACUUCCAUCCGAAUUUUAUACCACAGGACUGUGUAUAUAUAGAUAACAAAAACGCUAAAGAUGUUGCAUAUCUGAUUGGGAUUCCAUACAGGAUUUGCUUUCAUGGGUUUUCUGGGAGGAUUCCUAUCAAUCGAGGGAUAUUUAUAGAGAAAAAAAAUCUUUAUGUGCUUUCUAACUUUCUGUCCCAAUAUUGCAAGUACUUGGAGAUGAAGGAGAGGAACGAGCGUGGGGCAUUGGGGCUGAAAAGGUGGAGGGUUUUAAUCAGAAAUGCAGCCAAGUAUUUGAGGAUAAGAAAAAGCUUGGGAUUAAAAUAA